UCAGCUGCCGUUCAUAUACAGAAGAAGAAGAAGAAAAGCAGUUCCUCUUCCGGUCUCCACCGGAUGUUUUGGUGUUUUGGAGGGAGGAACCUGAAUCACCUGAAAGCGUGAAAAAUGGCAAAAAUGGAGAGCACAUACAGAAUGACAGACAGAGACAUCAAACUGAUGAUACAGCUUCGUGCCGCCAACGCCAACAUCUUCACGGGAAGGAAGAACUCAGCCAUGAGAGGCUGGAGGGCCAUAAGGAAAGAGAUGGGCAUCCAGGGGAUGUUGUCAGCACAGCAGCUGAAGAAGAAGUGGGACAACCUGAAAGAUAAGUACCGGGCGCUGAAGAACCCUCCACUGGGCAUGGAGACCCUGGCCCAGACCAGCUCGUGGCGCUGGUUCCACCUGAUGGACGAGGCCAUGAGUGGCCGCCUGGCUGGGACCGCCGCCAUCGUCCAGCCGUCCCCUCUGAGCGAGGACGAGGAGGCCUACGCAGCCCUGCCUACGCUCAUUCUUCCAAAAACAGAAGCAGUUUUUUCUGAUCUGAGUGUAGUUGAAACAGGAAGUCUGGAGGGCGUCGAGAUGCUCGGGGAUGUCCUGGAGCUCAGUGGGAUGGAAGCAUGCGGGAGCGUCGAGGCGAUGAGCAGAACACAAUCACCCGCUGAGGCUGUUGACGGAGAUCAAAUGAGAAGAAGCCCUGAGUGCGAGACGCAACCUGUGAUGAUCAAAAACCAGACUGCCGUAUUGUACUCCAAAUUACUGUCUGCCUGCACCUUCCAGACCAGCAGGACGCCUUCCUCCUACAGACCCACAAUCAGGGAGGACGCCGGCAGGGGGGACGCCAUCAGGGAGGAUGCCUUCAGGGAGGACGCCGUCAGGGAGGACGCCGAGGACGACGGGAAGCUGGUUGAGCUGCAGAGAGAGUGGCGGGCUCUGGAGAGAGAGCAGGCUGAGUUCGACAGAGAGCUCAUAGCUUUAGAAAGAGACCGAGAGAUGCUGAACAGAGACAUGGCCACACUGGAGAGAGGCAGAGUGGUUCUAGAGAGAGACAGAGCGGCUGUAGAACGAGACAGAGCGGCUGUGGAGAGAGACCGAGUGGUCCUGGAUCGUGACCGAGCCUUUCUAGACAGAGACCGGGCGUUUUUAGACAGAGACCGGGUGUUUCUAGAGAGAGCCAGAGAGGAUUUAGAGAGAGAGAGAGCGCUGUUGAGGAGAGAGAGGGCCGUCCUGGAGAGGGAGGGGGCGGCGGCGGUGGACGGACAUCAGGUCGAGAUGACCACAGAGAAGGAGGUCGUGCUCCAGACCAGGUUCUACCAGAGUCUGAUGGCUGCAGAUCUGGAUCUAGAGCAGCUGGAGACCAGACAGAGACUGCUGUCUUUGUUCCAGAGGCUGGUUGAGAAGCUGUGAGCAGAGGAUGUAUUGAUUACAUGUCACAGAUUUUCUGAUUCUGUUUCCAGCCGCUGCUCAUGUGUUAAUAAAGACUCUGAUUGGUGCACCAACUUC